AUGGCGAGUUCCGAUCAACCAGAGAAAGCACAACCAGUGAUGAUAGUUGCAAUCGACGAGAGUGAACACAGUGCUUACGCUCUCAAAUGGACUCUCGAUCAUUUCUUCAACAACAACAACUCUGUUUUCAAGCUUGUUCUUCUUCACGCUAAACCAUCCGCUACUUCUUCUGUUGGUCUCGCUGGCCCUGUGUAUGCAGGAGCUGCUGAGGUUUUGCCGAUUGUGGAUUCUGAUUUGAGGAAGAUUGCGGCUAGAGUUGUUGAUAGUGCUAAACAGCUUUGUGUUAAGAAAUCGGUAAAUGAUGUCAUAGUGGAGGUGGUGGAAGGUGAUGCUAGGAAUGUUCUUUGUGAUACAGUGGAGAAAUACCAUGCUUCAAUAUUGGUUGUGGGAAGUCAUGGUUAUGGGGCUAUAAAAAGGGCGGUUUUAGGUAGUGUGAGUGACUAUUGUGCUCAUCAUGCUCAUUGCACCGUCAUGAUUGUGAAGAAGCCAAAAAUCAAGCACUGA